GUGGCUGCAGGCGCAGCAGUCUCCCAUCCUAAACCCAGUAUGUUUCUGCUGAAACUAACAGAAGCUGAUGACAUCGAGGCUUACCUCCAAGCCUUUGAGAGGACGGCGGCUAGGGAGAAAUGGCCCCAGGCGCAAUGGGCCAGCCUGCUAGCACCCUUCCUGUCAGGUGCGGCACAGAAGACCUAUCAGGAUCUGACGGCUGAACAGGCGACGCAUUAUGAGGGGCUGAAAAAGGAGAUCCUGCGCCGGUAUGGUUACACACUGAUCGGCCGGGCGCAACGGUUCCAUGAUUGGACGUAUGAUGCCACAGCGUCCCCCCGAUCACAAAUGCAUGAUCUGAUUAGGCUGACCAAGAGCUGGCUAACGGCGGAACCACUGACGACCACGCCCCUCGAGAAAGUGGUCAUAGAUAAAUUUCUACGCUCUCUCCCAUUUGAAGCUAAGAAGUUGGCAAGCCAAGCUAACCCACAGAGCGCGGAUCAGCUGGUGGAACUGGUGGAAGGUCAACAGGUGGCUUUGGAGGUCCUGCGCAGCGGACGACCACUGAAGGCGGAACCCUCCGCUCGCCCGAAAGAGCGGAAAAGGACGGAGGACCAUGCCUGGACCACGACCAGGGACGGAGGGACCCCGAUGGUCAGCUCCCCGAGACGACGCCCCUUCCUGAACACAGACGGCAGGAAGUGCUACGAGUGUGGUGAGCCGGGACACAUCGCCUGGAGCUGUCCAAACCGUGAUGUCCAGAUGCCUUCGGCCUCAGCCAGUGAGGUAGCCACCGGACGUCCCUGCGGGUUGCUGAUGACAUGCUGGGCGGAGGAAAGUAGUCCUACCCCUGUUACCCCGGUAAGGGCCAAUGGAAAGGACACCACAGCACUUUUGGACUCCGGGAGUAUGGUGACCCUGAUCUGCCCCGACUACGCCCAGUCCCUGAACCCGACUGACACCGUGGCCAUCACAUGUAUACACGGUGAAACUAAGAACUACCCUACCACACUCCUCCACCUACAGACCACAAAGGGACAACACACGGGACCAGCGGGAGUCGUCCCAAACCUGCCGGUCCUUAUCGGGAGAGAUUCCCCGAUGUUCCGUCCACUGUGGGCCAGUAUGUCCGGAGACGUGGGGAGACGAGGGAACCAAAAGGGAGGAGGAAGCCGGAGAGGCGGGAGGGACACCAGAAGGGGUGAUAGCCAGAUGUGUGGAUUCCAGGAAGUGGACCCCCAGGCGUCAACAGAACCCCUCUCGGAGGACGAUGCAGAUGAUGCAAGACUGGAGGAGGGUGAGGCGAGUCUGGACAGCAUAUUCCCAAUGGAUCACGAGGUGGAACCAGAGCCCGCCUCUCUAAUGGGCCGGUUUGGGACGGCCCAGUUGGAGGAUUCCAACCUGGCCAGCGCUCUCCAGCAGGUGACAGUGGUGGAUGGAAAGCCUAUCGAGGGGGUAAGUCAGAUCACAUACCCUCAUUUUUCGAUAAAGAAGAAAUUGUUGUAUCAGGUGGUGAAGAAAAACGACGAAUGUUUGGAAUUGUUGUUGGUGCCCCGACCCUUUGUACAAACUGUCCUGCAGUUGGCGCACUCCCACCUUCUUGGGGCCCACCUAGGGGUGGAGAAGACCUUAGACCGGAUCAAGGCACGAUUUUACUGGCCUGGUGUGAAAAGGGCAGUGGAAGAUUACUGCCGCAGUUGCCCGGAGUGCCAACAGGUGGCACCAAAACCACACUUUCGUAGCCCCUUAAUUCCCCUACCCAUCCUUUCAGUCCCUUUCAGCAGGAUCGCAAUGGACCUGAUAGGACCUCUACCCAAGAGCAGCCGAGGUCACCAAUACAUCCUGGUGAUUUUGGAUUAUGCCACCAGGUACCCAGAAGCCAUCCCCCUGCGCACCAUGGCUACCAAGGGAAUCGCACGGGAGCUAGUCAUGCUGUUCUCCCGAGUCGGCAUCCCAGACGAGAUAUUAACCGACCAGGGAACCCCGUUCAUGUCGCGAAUCAUGAAGGAUCUCUGCAAGCUAAUGAAAAUAACCCAGUUGCGCACCUCAGUGUACCACCCGCAGACCGAUGGAUUGGUGGAAAGAUUCAAUCGAACCCUAAAGCAGAUGCUGAAGAAGGUGAUGGAGGCGGACGGGAGGAAUUGGGACCAGCUACUACCCUACCUGAUGUUCUCGAUCCGAGAAGUGCCCCAAGCUUCAACAGGUUUCUCUCCCUUUGAACUCCUGUACGGGAGACGACCCCGAGGACUACUGGACGUGGCUAAAGAAGCCUGGGAACAGCAACCGUCGCCCCAUCGAACCAUGGUGGAACACGGGGGGGUGUGUGGCAGACGGCAGGGAGAGGUGAGGGGAGUGGUAAUUGAGGGCAGAUACGUUGCCGCCCGCUGGCUCCACCCCCGAGCCUUAUAUGGACUUCCUGCCCCAACGAGGCAAGCCUGGGCCUAAUUAAGCCAUUAAGGGCAGAGGGAUAAAAGGGGAAGCGGAGUGCACGAACGGCGCAAAGUACCGUGAGGGAAACGCGUGUUGUGGAGAGUAAGAGAGAGCGAAAAAUAUCUGUGUGAUUACCUGUUUUGACCCGGACUGUUUGACUAACCCCGCUGUGUACCGAACUGUUUUGGCUGAGGACCUGGUUUUUGGAUAUCCCUGGAUUACGGAAAAGGACAACGAGAACGGAUUGUGGACUUUGGAUUGGUUGCUGAAUUUCCCCUUCCCCUCCUUGUG